AGGGUUUUUCGAUGCCUUCCAUUUCUUAGAGCGCAUUUUGUUUGCCGCUGACUUAAAGAGCGACGGUGUGCGUAUAGAAAACGCCAAUGUAGAUACUUCCACCUUCACUGAGAAAAAGAAAGAGAAGACACGCAAGGAGAAGCAGAUUCUGACCAUCAGAUUUACUCGCACUCAUCACAGGAAUUAAUUUGGAAGAUUCGUGACAAGAACCGUUGAUAUUCAAGAUAUUGAGCGACUAUAAAGGAUCAUCUUCAUUGUAUACAUACAAGCCAAAAAUAAUCAUUUCCUACUUGGACUAUGGAACCAAUUCAGUCAGAGAUGAACAUCUUAUCCAACGGGAAAAGUCACGAACUUGAAGGUGACUUAGGGAUGCCAAUGAAGACAUUGCCAGAAGAGGAUCAAUUUGAUGAUAUUGAUGGAGGACUGGAGAAUGAGGAAUUUUUGCCCAGUGCGGAUGGAGAAAAACAAAUCCGCUUCAAAGAUUUUGAAGGAAAGAUGUCUUUUGGCAUGUCCGUCUUCAACCUGGGUAAUGCUAUUAUGGGCAGUGGAAUCCUGGGACUGGCGUAUGCCAUGGCCAACACUGGCAUACUCCUCUUCUUGUUUCUCCUGACUGCAGUAGCAGCCUUGUCAUGUUACUCCAUUCAUCUCCUGCUGAAAUCCUCUGGCAUUGUGGGAAUUCGAGCUUAUGAAGAGCUGGGGUACAGGUCCUUUGGUACUCCUGGAAAAAUGGCUGCUGGUAUAGCGAUUACCCUGCAGAAUAUUGGAGCUAUGUCCAGCUACCUGUACAUUGUGAAGUCUGAGUUACCGCUGGUCAUCCAAACUUUCCUGAAGGCGGAUCCCAACUCUGAUCUGUGGUACUUGAAUGGAAACUACCUGGUCAUCAUGGUCUCUGCCAGUAUCAUCCUGCCCCUGGCUUUAAUGAAACAGCUCGGUUACCUCGGCUAUACCAGUGGAUUUUCGCUCAGCUGUAUGGUGUUUUUUCUCUCUGCAGUUAUCUAUAAGAAGUUUCAGAUCCCCUGCCCUUUCGAAGAGUUCUCAGCCAACACUACUGCUGCCCACCUCGGCCUGAACGUCUCAAGCCACGGCCAUGAGUACGACAAUGGUCUGGUUCAUGAAGACGAUGACUUCCACUGCUCCCCACGCAUGAUCACCAUGAACUCACAGACAGCAUACACCAUCCCCAUCUUGGCUUUCGCCUUUGUUUGCCACCCUGAGGUCCUCCCCAUCUACACCGAGCUCCGCAAUCCAACGCAGAAGAGGAUGCAGAAGGUGUCCAACAUCUCCAUCCUUGUCAUGUACACCAUGUACUUUCUGGCAGCUCUCUUUGGCUACCUGACCUUUUAUGGCAAUGUGGAGCCUGAACUGCUGCACACAUACAGCCGGAUCGAUCCUUACGACACUUUGAUCCUGUGUGUGAGAGUGGCCGUCCUCACGGCUGUGACGCUGACCGUCCCUAUUGUGUUGUUCCCUGUACGUAGAGCCAUCCAGCAUAUGGCAUUCCCCACAAAGUCUUUCAACUGGUUGCGUCACAUUGCCAUUGCUGUCGUUCUGCUCACCAUCAUCAAUAUGCUGGUGAUAUUCGCCCCCAACAUUCUAGGCAUCUUCGGCAUCAUUGGCGCAACGUCGGCUCCCUGCCUCAUUUUCAUCUUCCCUGCUGUCUUUUACAUCCGCAUUGUUCCCAAAGAAGAUGAACCCAUGAACUCUGUUCCUAAGAUACUGGCGGCCUGUUUUGCAGCUUUGGGUGUCAUUUUCAUGGUAAUGAGUCUGAGCUUCAUAAUCAUCGACUGGACUUCAGGGGGCGGCCAUGCUGCUGGAGGCCACUAGAUGCUGCUUCGGUGUUUGUGAGCUCUGGAAAGGGGGAAAAUAACUGGUCAAUGUAAAGAGAACACAGUCACUUCAGUGGGAUCGCUACAGGGCUGCACAGAGCCUGCAGGGGUUUGUAACAAAAUAUACAGUAUAGUAUGUCGGUUGAGAUCACACUGUAAUUGAUCGAGUUAAAUUAGCCUUUGCAUAACGACAUAAUUAAUUUAACAUAACACGUAAUGCAAUUUGUAUGAAUAAUCAGGACUAAACAGGGGCUUUUUUUAUUACCAUCUGUUGGUUCCUCCUUUCCUGUUGCUUCCUUUUUAUUGACACACAAACAACUGUAGCUGGUACUGUACAGAAAAAGAAGGCAUGAUCGUCUGUUAGGCUGAAGACGGGAAUGCAUCAAGAUAUGCAUGAGAAAUAACUUGUUGUUUUUCACACCAAUUUCAAUUAUUUUUCCUAAGACACACAAAAGAGAAUAGUCAGAUGAUUUCAUCCUGACCAGCUGCUCUCUGAAGUGUCCAUCAUGAUGUAAUGUAAAACAAAAAAAGUGCUUUAAGGCCUUAGAGUGCAGGUGGUAUUUCAUUUCAUGGUCUGUGGAGGUGUUAUGUAAUGCAUCCCACUAAGCUUUUGUUCCAGAUCUGCUAACUCUCUUCAGAAACCUUGGUGCCUUAUAGCAUUUGGAACAGCACACAAACACACAGCAAAACAGGAUUGUAUAUUUAUUUAGACACUAUUAAUUUCAAAUGGACGAUAUUUAACUACUGUAUAUGAUAAAGGCAAUGAUCCAAAUUGAUUGUAUGAUAUCAGUUUUUGUUUUAGCUUACAGUAUAUUAAUAAUGGAAGGAGUUACGAAUGAUGAUAUUCAGAUUUGUUUAUAAAAUACAAAGAGCUUGAUCUUAGCAUUUCAUACCUCCCCUUGCAGAACGUUCAGCUCACGUAUGCCAAACUGUGACUACUUGAAUAUAAACCAAGUACAGCUCAAGUUUUAAACGGACAGUUCACAUGUGAGUCUAGCUCCUAAAUCUCUUAAAUUCUAGAUACCCCCUUUAAAUUUCUCAUUAAGUUUUUAUAAAUUCAGAAAUCUCUUUUUAUCCACACUGAAUGUUGAAAAUUCAAACUUAAAUUAAAUGAAUAGUUUGUGAAAAUACACUUAUUCACAUUCUUGCAAACUGUUAGAUUAGAAGAUUGAUACACUACUACAAAGGCUGAACGCCUUCCAUACCCUCUAAAGCUCACUAACUAACAUUUAAUAUCUGGAAGUCACCUAUCUGCAUGGCUGGAAACAUGGUUUCCAGCCAUGCAGAUAGUUUUGGUUGUAAUUGCUCAGGUCUUGAGUUACACUAUAAGGACAAAAGUAUGUGGACACCUAAGCAAUGUACAUAUCUUAAAAACGUAUGCAAAUAAAACAAAAACAAAAAACUAUCUUGACUAGACACCACUUUGGAUCAGUUAGAAAAUGUGAUUUUUUUUUUUUUAUAAUUUGGUUGAACCCACCUAAGCUCGAACAAUGUUUGUCCAUGCAACAUGAGUUGUAAAGAUGAACCCGCUGGUGGGAGUUCAUUUUUCUUAAUUUAAAGAUGUAUUAUGCUUUUGGGAUUCUGUUGAAACAGCUUUGUAGUAUUUUGAUCCUUGUUGACUAUUUAGACCUGACGCUAACGUUUUGCAUGAUGUUAUCUGCAGUCUGUCUUGUAGUGAACACAGAGAUUAAACUUCUGACACUGUCAUGCAUAGAUGUUAUUGUAAAACUGUACAUUUGGCAUCUUGCAGUGAAGUGUAUUGAAGUCUCAUUCUGUGCUAUAGUUAACAUUAGUAUUAUGAAGCCCAUCUUAAAAGAUGCUACAUGACAUAAUAUUUCAAACAUUACUGUUGUGGUGAUCUGUCAGUGAGGUCAGUGAUGACACAUUCAUGGAUACUUUCAGUCAGUCUUCAGGUGAAUUUUGAGACUCACAAAAGCACAACAACAUGCAAUAAAGUUAUUUUUUUUUUUUUUACAAAUUACAUUUCAUUAUAUAUAAAUCACAAAUUAACAAGUUUAAAAACAGCACAAAAGUGUUUAAACUUUCAAUAGAAACUCAGAGAAAUUUUAUAACAAAUAUUUUCUGCUCUUAUCCAACGGUGGUCUUAUAUUGUAUCGCAAGUUUCAGGCUUCAUAACAGUCCUGCGUAAAUCAUUACUUCUCCAAAUGUAUUUAUAUAGUAUCUAUUCCUUUAGCAGUUUUGAUUUUUACGGAUAAAUUGUGAAUAAGUCUCGGAAAUACUUAUACACAUACCAACCUCCGUCCCUUGCUUUUCCACAUGUAUUUACAAUGGUUGUAGUGGUGUUAAUGAAAGUUUAGUUUUGUCAUGUUUAGUGAACAGAGUUUUUAUUCACUUAAAGGUAUCAUGCCAAAACAAGAACUGACUACCUACUGCUUUAAAAUGCCUUAACCUUUUAACAGGUACCACAGUUUUAAUACCAGACGCCGUAUGUCAAAUAUGCAUUUUUCUUGUACCUAAACAAAUCUGUGUGAUAUUUUAUUACAGCUGUUGUUCAAGAAAUAGAUUUAUGGAAAUGACACAACUAUAAUAUAAUAUGGUAUAUGAAUUUUGGUGAAUAAGAUGUGGCUUUAUAUAAAUAAUGUAUAUAAAUGUAAACCUUUUAUAUGUGUGAUGCAUAUUUACAAUAGCUUGUAAAGUGUAAAUAGCAGGGACAGUUUUAGUUUGCCAAUAAAAUAAUUGUAGAUGUUUU